AAAAGGCUUUCACGUUUUUUUUUCUUAACUUUACCGAACUUAGUGUUAAAGUUAAACUCUUCCAAAAACCUUGUAGUACACGAAAGCGAAAAGCUCAGAGAAAGAGAGAGAGAAAAACCAUGGCAGAUCCAAGCUCUUCUGCCCCAGAUCAUGGGCAGCCCUCUUCUUCCUCUGCGGACCAGAAAAGUAAUAAGAAGGAUUAUUCCACUGCAAUUCUGGAACGCAAGAAGUCUCCUAAUCGUCUUGUUGUUGAUGAAGCUGUAACUGAUGAUAACUCUGUGGUUUCCAUGCACCCUAAUACAAUGGAAAAGCUUCAGUUUUUCCGUGGGGACACUGUUUUACUUAAGGGAAAGAAGCGAAGAGACACAGUCUGUAUUGUUCUUGCUGAUGAACAAUGUGAAGAACCAAAAAUCAGAAUGAACAAAGUUGUUCGAUCAAAUCUUAGAGUUCGUCUUGGAGAUGUUAUAUCCGUCCAUCAGUGCCCUGAUGUGAAGUAUGGGAAACGAGUUCACAUCCUUCCGAUUGAUGAUACAAUUGAGGGUGUUAGCGGCAACUUGUUUGAUGUAUAUUUGAAGCCAUAUUUCUUGGAAUCUUACCGACCUGUGAGGAAGGGUGACCUUUUUCUAGUCAGGGGUGGAAUGAGAAGUGUUGAAUUCAAGGUGAUUGAGACAGACCCUGGUGAGUAUUGUGUUGUCGCACCAGAUACUGAAAUCUUCUGUGAGGGAGACCCUAUCAAACGUGAGGAUGAGGAGAGAUUGAAUGAAGUGGGAUAUGAUGAUGUUGGUGGUGUUAGGAAGCAAAUGGCUCAGAUCCGUGAGCUAGUAGAACUUCCUCUUAGACACCCACAGCUCUUCAAAUCAAUUGGUGUGAAACCCCCAAAAGGUAUCUUGCUUUAUGGGCCACCUGGGUCUGGAAAAACUCUGAUUGCAAGAGCUGUAGCUAAUGAGACAGGUGCAUUCUUCUUUUUGAUUAAUGGACCUGAAAUAAUGUCAAAGCUAGCUGGUGAGUCUGAAAGCAACUUGAGAAAGGCAUUUGAGGAAGCCGAAAAGAAUGCCCCGUCUAUUAUAUUUAUUGAUGAGAUAGAUUCAAUUGCUCCAAAGAGGGAAAAGACGAAUGGUGAGGUGGAGAGGCGUAUUGUUUCCCAACUCCUGACAUUAAUGGAUGGUCUCAAGUCCCGAGCACAUGUGAUUGUCAUGGGAGCUACCAAUAGGCCUAAUAGUAUUGAUCCUGCAUUGAGGAGAUUUGGAAGAUUUGAUCGUGAAAUUGACAUUGGUGUACCGGAUGAAGUUGGAAGAUUGGAAGUUCUUAGAAUCCACACAAAGAAUAUGAAACUUGCAGAUGAUGUUGAUCUUGAAAGAGUUUCGAAAGAUACCCAUGGUUAUGUUGGCGCAGAUCUUGCUGCUCUUUGCACAGAGGCUGCUCUUCAGUGCAUUCGGGAGAAAAUGGAUGUCAUUGACUUAGAGGAUGAAACUAUUGAUGCUGAGGUGUUAAAUUCGAUGGCUGUGAGUAAUGAACACUUCCAAUCUGCAUUGGGAACUUCAAAUCCAUCAGCGCUACGUGAAACAGUUGUGGAGGUUCCUAAUGUUUCCUGGGAAGAUGUGGGAGGUUUGGACAAUGUUAAAAGAGAGCUUCAGGAGACUGUCCAAUACCCAGUGGAGCAUCCUGAGAAGUUUGAGAAAUUUGGCAUGUCACCUUCUAAAGGUGUUCUCUUUUAUGGGCCUCCUGGCUGUGGUAAAACACUACUUGCAAAAGCAAUUGCCAAUGAAUGCCAGGCAAAUUUCAUUAGUGUCAAAGGACCUGAGUUGCUGACAAUGUGGUUUGGAGAAAGUGAGGCAAAUGUGCGUGAGAUAUUUGACAAGGCUAGGCAGUCAGCUCCAUGUGUCCUUUUCUUUGACGAACUAGACUCUAUUGCAACUCAGCGUGGUGGCUCUGUUGGUGAUGCUGGUGGUGCUGCAGACAGAGUACUAAACCAACUUCUGACAGAAAUGGAUGGUAUGACAGCCAAGAAAACAGUGUUCAUUAUUGGGGCAACAAACAGACCAGACAUUAUUGAUUCAGCUUUGCUCAGGCCUGGACGUCUGGACCAGUUGAUUUAUAUCCCGCUUCCAGAUGAGGCUUCCCGUCAUCAGAUAUUUAAAGCAUGUUUGCGGAAAUCGCCCAUCUCUAAGGAGGUUGACCUUGCAGCUCUUGCACGGUAUACUCAAGGGUUCAGUGGUGCAGAUAUCACUGAAAUUUGUCAGCGUGCCUGCAAAUAUGCUAUUAGGGAAAAUAUUGAGAAGGAUAUUGAGAGGGAGAGAAGGAAGAGAGAGAACCCUGAAGCUAUGGAGGAGGAUGACAUUGAUGAGGUUCCUGAGAUAAAGGCAGCACACUUUGAAGAGUCGAUGAAAUAUGCCCGCCGAAGUGUCAGUGAUGCAGACAUCAGGAAAUACCAGCUCUUUGCUCAGACUUUACAACAAUCACGUGGUUUCGGAUCUGAGUUCCGGUUUCCAGAUCGAACUGAGAGUGCUGCAGCAGGAGCUUCAGACCCAUUUUCCUCUGCCACUGCUGCCGGAGAUGAUGAUGAUCUGUACAGCUAAAGUUGAAACCAAUAACUGUUUUAAGUGCUGCAGCUGAUAUGUUACAUCCACUGCCAUGAAUUUCAUGUUUUAUUCUGCUUAGGAACAAUUGUAGCGUAGCUUUUAAGUUUCUAUAUCACUGUUAGUUAUUUUUUUUGCUAUGAAAAAACUUCUUUUAAUUUA